GGAAUCGAACCAGCGACCCUGUUGCUCAGAGCUUGCGCUCUAACCAACUGAGCCACCCAGCUGGCUCCCCGCAGAGCUUAGCAUGUAAAUACACCUCUUUCCUAGAUUCCCCCCCCCCCCAGAUUAAAUAGUUUUAAAACCCAUUGAAUACUCAUUGUCUCCUAAAGAAUAAGAUGUUUCAUAAAGUCUAUUUAUGUCUUUGAUUUUAAUCAUCAUCAAAUCUGAGUGAGUGUCUACCUGUUAAUCUUUUCUAUUAUGUGACUGAGAAUCCACCUUUGACAUCAUAGCUGUUUCAUAGCAACCUUGGCCCAAGUGCAAGAUGAGCUCCUCUGUUCUAUAGGGUAAAGGGAGUAGGCCGACAGGCAGGGCGAAUUAUGCAUCCUCUCCCCCAGAAGAUAUCUCUGGUGGCCUUGGGAAGGAAGAGUGCCUAGAAAGGGCAGAGGAGCUGCGUCUAAUAUCGCCUGUCUUGCUGAUAAACAGCUGGAUUCUACAAGGGCUCCUGGCCCUUUAUGAGUUUUCAUUUCUAUUUAAAAUUUCUUACACAUGAGCAGUGUUUCACACUUUACAAAGUGUUUUCAUGCACACUAUCAUUUGAUGCUCAAAGUGACCUGCCUGAAAUAGGCAAGGAGGUCUUAAUUUACAAAGGAGGAAGUAGAAACAGAAACGCUGGAAGGGUAAGUUACUUGCCUCUCAGUCCAGACUUCUUAAUCCUUUUUAUAGAAGUUUUAAGAGCAUUUAGUUAAUAAUAAUUCAAGUUAAUCUUCUCUCUUUUUUUUAAGACUUGGUAUUUGAUUUCUUACUUGGUCAGAUUUAACUGGGGUUUUGAAACCCUUUAAAUUAGAUCCCACAAUUGGGAGGGGAAAAGUCUUAAUAGCUUCACUAUGCAUUCGAGGUAAUUUGGAAAUUCACUUGAGCUUCUGAAGUCUUUUUGUCUUUCCCAAGAGGUGGAUUAAAAUUCAUUAAAACGAUGUGGAAAGAAUGAAGACUGGUAAGGUGAUGGAUCAUUAACAAGCAGAGAUGGUAAAGCAGCGCUGUUGUGACUUUUUCUUCCUGCUUCGUGUCCUUGCCUGUUACUAGGACUGCAUUGUGGUUUACGAAGCGGCAGUGUUGUACUGAGAAUGCAGGCAUUACAUCUUUUGACUUGGAAGGAUACCUCAUGUCGAAGGAAUUGAGUUAUGAUAUCGUAGAGGAUUCGAUUGGAAUACCUUGGGGUGCUGGCUGAAGGUGGUGAAAUGUUUGCCAAGACAUGAAGAGUUCAGCCACCGGUUUCAUUCUUGGGAGCCUGGUAUUUGCCAUUUAUCUGCCUUUCGUGGUGACUUUACCUAAAACACUGGCAAUCCCUGAGAAGUUGCAAGAAGCUGUGGGACAAGUUAUUGUCAAUGCUACAACCUGUACUGUCACCUGUGGCCUUGGCUAUAAGGAGGAGACUGUCUGUGAGGUGGGCCCUGAUGGAGUGAGAAGGAAGUGUAAAUCUCAGCGCUUGGAGUGUUUGACCAACUGGCUCUGUGGAAUGGUUCAUUUCACCAUUCUCACAGGGAAGGAAUUUGAGCUGAGCUGUCUGAGUUCAGAAAUCCUGGAGAUUGGGCAGGACGCUUUCCGGUUCACCUGGAGACUUGCUCGGGGUAUCAUCUCAACUGAUGAUGAAGUCUUCAAGCCCUUUCGAGCCAUUUCACACUUGCUGAAGUUUGAAUCUGCUCAGGAGUAUGACUCUGGGACCUACCGGUGUGAUGUGCAGCUGUUAAAAAAUUUGAGACUUGUCAAGAGGCUCUAUUUUGGGCUGAGGGUCCUUCCUCCUAACUUGGUGAACCUGAAUUUCCAUCAGUCCCUCACUGAGGAUCAGAAGUUAGUAGAUGGGGGCCUGGAAGUGAAUCUGGAUAACUAUUCCAGGCCUCACCGUCCACCAUGGAGAAAGAAGGUGGCUAUAACCUUGGGAAUAGGAAUUGCCAGUGGAGUGACUGGCAGCGUGUUGGUGAGCAUGGCCUUGUACGGUGGGCUGAAGGUGAUCUACAGCCUUAAGACCUAACAGGCCUUGCUCCUGAAGGGUUGGCUGCCUUCAUGAAGCCAAGCUGGGUUUUCAAGGGAGUGUCCUGGCUGCCUGAUUGUGGAUCAGCUAAGAGGCAGGGCUUCCACUGCCAAAAGAGUGAAUGGCGGGUGUGGAGAAGGGCAACACUGCAGCAGCUAUGGGCAGUCAUCUCUUCUUUGUGUUCAGGUGGAUCUCUUCCUGACCUUCCCUGCCCACUAGGUAUCCAGGGCAGCUGACCGCAGGCAUCUCCCCUAGUGCCGGGAAGAGCUCUGUCUUCCAAGCUUGCAUUCAUUUUCUACCCUUUACAACUUGUGUGUCUCCCCGCCUCCUCCCUUCUGAGCAGCAUAAUCACGUAGAAGGAUAUAUUAAUAAUUUUUCUAGUGAAACCAUUUUUUUCCUCUUCAAUAAAAAUAAUUGACAGUAGCUGUAUGGAGACCUAACCUUUUCUGCUCUUCAGUUAAAAAUGUCUUGCAUUUGUUCAGAUUGUCCCAUAAUUAGUCUGGCUUUCAUCUUCCUCAAAUUUCUCAGAAUAGACGUUGAACAAAUUGCUUCAUAGUGGGGCAUAUGCCCAUGUGUGCCAGAGCUGAGGUUGUUAAUAAUGACAUCUGACUCAGUAUGUAAUAGACCAUCACUAAGUGUUCAUUUAUCUGCCCCUCCCUGUACUCCCCAAGUGAACCCUCUGUGUUCAGUGUUAAAUUGAUUUCCUGGCAAAACACUGGAGUCCUCUGAACAGUUCCUUGGCUUCUCCCUGCUUCCCUUCCUGUAGCUCUUUCAAUGCCCUGAAGCUUGUGUUCCUGGAAAGGUCAAUUGUGUUGGUUUCUUAUAGCAGCCAAAGCCCCUUAAGGGAGAACUAGUACCUUCCUCCAUCCACGGGAAAUCCAAGCUGAAGACUCUCAGAGGCCAUUCUGUCUGUGUCUGAGGACUUGCAUUGUGGAACCAUCAAGAAAAAGGAUCUUGGUGACCAGGAGCCUGAAAGAGUUAAAGCAUUUUCUCUCCUCUUCUCUAGCCACGGAGAAGGUAGCGGAAACCAAGACUUGGACCAGUGGUUCUCUCCUCUAGCUCUGUCUGAAUCACCUGGAUGAGCUUUGGAAAAAUAAGAUUCCUGAGCCCCAACCCUGAGGAUGCUAAUUCAUUUUUAAUUAUGGCCAGUGGAGCGCUAUUAUUUUUCUCUAAAUUUUUAGAGAAAUGUGAAACCCAUAGAAAAGUUAAAAAAUUUUGGUGACACCCAUAGACCCCUUUACCUACAUUUGUCGGCUAUGAACCUUUUGCUACAAUUAGCUUUCUUUCCAAAUAAUUCUGAUUUUACUGAACCAUUUGAAAGCAAGCCAUAAAGAUUGUGUUCCUUUAGUCCUAAAUCAUGUAUGUUUCUCCUAAUAAGGGCAUUCUCCUGUGUAACUUCAGUGUCUCCACUGCAUCUAAGAAAAUGAACAAUUCCCUGACAUAUAGUUGAUAUUUUGUUUUCGCCAGUUUCUGAAAUCUUAGAGCUUUUUAAUUUUUUGAUCCAGCAUCAAAUGAAAGUUAAUACAUUACAUUUGGUUGUUUUUCUUACAUCUUAUUUUACAAUACAUUGGCUGCUAUUUUUGUUGUUUUUCAUGAUAUUGAUUUGAUUGAAGAGUCUAACUAGGUCAGUUGUCUUGGAUAGUGUCCCACAAUCAGGACUGGUCAUUAUUCCCUAAUAAUUAGGUUCUGUGGAAUCAAUCUUAAACAUUGUGACAAGAGCCCUACAUAAAUGAUGGUAAGGACUUAUUGCUUCAUCUCAGGAGGCACCUGAUGGCAGGAUGACCCGCUAUUGAUGAUAGAUCUCCCCAAAGGUACAUAUACAUUUUCCUUUUGUAACUAAUAAUCUGUGAGGUGACUCCAUGUGACUAUCUGGUUUUCUAAAAACCAUUCACAAAUGUUUUGGAAUCCAUUCAUGAUCCUUGCCUUAUUAUUACAUGUUGGGGAUUGCAAAUGGUGAUUCUUUAAAAUUCAUCAUUUCGAUACUUACUAGCCUGUACUUUUCUGUAAAGAAGAGCUACCCUUUAUAAUGUUUAUUUUUGAGUCUCGAUGGACUCUCUUUUUUGUUCAGUGAAUUGUACUCAUAUAUAAUCCGUUACUGUUGUCUUGUUUUUGAUGUUCAAAUUACCCCCAAUUUUGGCCAGCAGGAAUCCCUUCAGGCUGGCUCUUUUGUCCUUUUGAUGUGAUCCAUUUGACUUUGAGCAUAUCAUUGCUUUCUAGUACAACAACUCAGAUCCACAUUUGGACUUUCCUUUCACCAAAUCUGAAUCUGCUGUUUCUCCAGGGGACCCUGGUUCCUUCUAGUGUGGGGAAUAGUACUUGGAUACUUAGAAACCAAGGUUUCGGUGCUGGAUGUGCUUAUUGCCACCAGGGAGUCACUGCUUCUAGGCCCUUUCAGUGUCCUGGAUAUACACAAAUCAUGUGUUCAAAGCAUCUUCGUUUUGCAGAAGCUUUAUAGGUAAUUCUGAUUUGUAGCAAAGGUUGAGAACCACUGGCCUAGACCCACACACAGGAAGUCUUUACUUAUGGCUCUUAUUUUGAAAAGAUCUUAUGUUUUCCACGCCUUUCUCAGAGGGGAUGGAUUUCAGAAGACCUGGGUUCCGCUUCAGUUUCUGCUGUAGACUGUGUAAUGGAGCGAGCCGACUGACCUUUGUAGUCCUCGAUUUUGAAACUCAUGAUUAUGAGGGUCCAAUGAGAUCCUGGGAAUAAAAGUGCUUUGUAAACUGAAGGAGUGGACGUGAGUUAGGCAGUGUUGUUAAUGCUGCAUAUUAGUUUAGUACUGGACAAUUGGCUGAAGCAGUCAGGAGAGAGCUUGCUAUACUUUAAAAGGAGGCCAUGAAACGGUAUCUUUGUAGAUAAUUAACUCAGUAUUACGUUGUUGGGGGAAGAGGACUGGAGUACAGUUUCCCAUUUUACAGAUGGAAAGACUGAGACCCAAGAAGAGCGAAAUCACCUCUUCAACAAGCCAGUGGCCAAGCCUGGAUGGAAUAUUGUGCAGCUCUAGGCUUAAAGCCCUCUGUGCAUUGGGGUCUUGAAUGUUGACUGUGAGGGUCUGAAGGGAUCGAACAGGGAAGAGAACAAACAGACCCUCAGAUGUGUUAGUAAAGACCCAAACUCAGUUCAGUUCAUUUGAGUUCUGUGCAUGUCAUCUGCCUCUGGAGGGUCAGGAAGAUGCUGACUGGACUAAAAUUUGAGUUCUAGAGUGGCCAGUGCCCACAGCCCCAUUGGGUACAAAGUGGAAGGGACAAACUUGUUGUGGUAUAACCGCCAUCUGUGCUGGCUCCUUCUGGGGGCUCUCUGCCAGCCCAGGCUUCUGCUGAACAGGCCCUGGGGCACAUGGCUAAGCUGUAACUAGUGGGGCCUCUGCUUGCGUUGGUCUCCCUUGUCCCUGACAGUGGUUUUGGGCACAGUCAGCAUGGAGCCCCACCUGCUUUGCACCAAAGGAAUAGAACACUUAACAGGGCUGAACAUGUCUCAGAUGUAACGGAAGUUUGAUAAAUGUUUGUUGAAUGUAUGAGAGAAUGUUUACAGCUAGAAACUGACUAGGAAUUCAAAUUCUUUUGGCUGCUGUGAGCAGAGACUAGAGGCACCUUUUCACCAGGUGGUGGUCACUAUAUGUGCAGGGAGAAGACUUCCCUUUGGUACAAUUGAGUCAAUACCUCCAAUGUCUUAAAAAUCAGGGCACCUUGAAGGAGAACCAACACUCGAGCACUGUUUACUGCCCUUUGUGUUAAUAAAGGCAGCCCAGUCUAGCACAAUGCCUGCGUGUACAUGGCUUAGGCCUGCCUUAAAGUCUCUUGGGCUGAUUUCCCGCCCCCCCUGUCCAGGACUGAAUGAAGCAAUAUAGACUGUACGAGGUCUGACAAUUAAGUUCGCAAACUUGCCACCAUGCGCUUACAUUGGCAGCCCUGUACAAAGAGCUCGGUAAGGUUUCGUAUCCUUGGUAAUCAGUGUCUCACAGCUGUGUUCAUGUUGACAUGUGGUGGAGUCUUGCUGAGUGGCUUUCAUUAAUGUUGUGUGUUUUUGUGUGCCGU